UUCGCUGACGCUGAGAGAGUCUCCACUGGGGGGUUUGUUUUUGCUCUCCUUUUUUACUUUACACCUGUACACCUCUCUUGCCAGUUACCCACCUACGUGGCAAAUGUUUUUACUUUUAUUUUUAUUUUUAUAAAUUUUUUUUUUAACCUAAAAAACGCUGAGUGCAGCGUGGAGGGAAAACAUUUUCCCCAAAAUCAAAUCUUUUCGCCCGCCCUCUCUCUCUCUCUCUCUCUCGCACUUCGCUCGCCGUGGAAGCCACCGGCGAGUCUCUCUCACUCUCGCAGCUAAGCUUGAUCGGCGCCAGCGUUCUCUGUCUCCGGAUUCUCUGUCACCGGCCAUCCUCCACCGAUAGAACUUUUGUAUAUAGCAUUUUCCUAAAUGGACUCUUCAAGCUCACGAUUGGAUAACAAGGGCGAAAUUGAAUCUCUGCAUACACAUAUUCCAAAUGGUGAUGCUUUAACCCACCAAGAUGACCCUCAAAAUGGUGUGGAUGAAACAAUUGAAGAACCGAAUGAAUCAAUGACGUUUAGUUUGGACGAAGAGUUGAAUGAUAAGGAAGACAAUGUUGUAUUAUUGAAGAUGAUCGAUGGGAAUGAAAAAGUUGAAGCACCUAAGCCGUCAAUGACCUUUACUUCAUUAGAAGAAGUUUGCUCAUAUUAUAGGAAGUUUGCUAAGCAAGCUGGUUUUGAUGUGAUAAAAAGAACCACGAAAAGAAAAGCUGGUCAACCAAGAUACGUAAUCCUUAUAUGUAGUCGUGGAGGCCCAAAACGAACCAGCGCAAGUAAUGUUGUGAAGCCAACUCCAAAAACUAACAAAACAGGGUGUCGUGCUAGGAUUUGUGCGUCGUUAUGUGUUGAUGGAACGUGGUUUUUGACUAAAGUUGUGCUUGAGCAUAAUCAUCAACUAAGUCCGGGCAAAGCAAGAUUUUUUAGAUGCAAUAAGAUUAUAAAUGAUGUUACCAAAAGAAGGCUUGAGCUAAAUGAUAGAGCAGACAUAUGUACCAAGAAUUCAUUGGUUGUUGAAAUGGGGGGGUUUGAGAGUCUUUCCUUUGGGGAUAGAGAUUGUCGGAAUUUUAUUAACAAAGCAAGAGAACUUCGGCUUGGUAAAGGAGGUGCUCAGGCACUUUGUGAUUAUUUCAGGAGAAUGCAAAAGCAAAAUGCUGGCUUCUAUCAUGUGAUGGACAUGGAUGAUGAUUGUAAAUUGCGAAAUGUUUUUUGGGCUGAUGCACGAAGUAGGGCAGCGUAUGAAUUCUUCGGUGAUGUUAUUACGUUUGACACGACGUACUUGACCAAUAGAUAUGACAUGCCAUUUGUUCUUUUUGUAGGAGUGAAUCAUCAUGGUCAGUCUAUACUUUUAGGGACAGGACUAAUAUCAAACGAGGAUACAGACACAUUUGUGUGGUUGUUUAAGUCUUGGUUGGGGUGCUUGAAUGGCCGAGCCCCAAGAGCAAUUAUAACAGAUCAUGAUAGAGCUAUGAAAAAUGCAAUCGCAAGAGUUUUUCCUGAAACUCGCCAUAUAUAUUGUCUUUGGCACAUUAUGAGAAAACUCCCUGAAAAGUUUGGUGCACAUGCUAAUUUCGAUGGCAUUAAGAGUGCCCUGCAUACUUGCUUGUAUGAUUCUCAAACAUGUGAAGAAUUUGAGGAAAAUUGGAGAAUUCUACUUGAGAGUUAUCAUCUUCAGGAUAAUGCAUGGUUGCAUGGGUUAUAUAGUGAGAAGACUUUUUGGGUGUCGGCAUACAUGAAAGAUACAUUUUGGGCGGGAAUGAAUACCACGCAGCGAAGUGAAAGAUUUUUUGAUGGUUGCGUGCACUCACAUACCACAUUGAAAGAAUUUCUUGAUCAAUUUGAUAAUACAUUGAGGAAAAUGGUUGAGAACGAAACACAUGCUGAUUUUGAUUCUUUUAAUCGCACGAUCCCAUGUAUAAGCUUCUUUCCUUUUGAGAAGCAGUUUCAAGAUGUUUACACAAAUGCAAAGUUCAAAGAAGUUCAUGAGCAGAUUAGGAAUGUUAUGUGUUGUAAUAACUCUCAUCUCAAAAGUGAAGGUGCGAUUUCUACCUAUGAAGUGAAGGAAUACCUUGUCGAUGUUGGAGAGCGCAUGAUAGAAAAAACAUUUGUUGUUUACUUCAAUGAAGAUGAAUUGGAAGUGAAGUGCACAUGUACAUUUUUUGAAUUACGAGGCAUCUUGUGCAGGCAUUCUAUUUCUGUGUUAUUUACAAAGAAAGUGAUAAUGUUGCCACCAAGAUAUAUUCUUGACAGAUGGAGGAAGGAUAUAAAACGAGAAUACUCUAUGCUUAAGAGUAGUUAUGAUGCUUUUACUGAUAACCCUAUUGCCCAAAUACAUGACAAGUUAAGAAAGAAUUUUGAAGAAUUAAUAUGGCUCAUAUCAGGAAAUGUGGAACAUUGCAUGGAUUUGAUGAAAAUUAUUGAUGAGUUAAAGGAGAAAUAUUGUGGCUUAGAGCCUGCGUCCAGUCACUCUUCCCCCUAUCACAGUCCAGUUUCUGUCGCAUAUUCUAGCUGUAGUGACAAUGGAACAAUUUAAGUUCCAUUGUUAUGAACAUAGAUAUUUUCUUUUUGGAUCUCUUUGUUACAGACGAAUGUAAUAGUUGAUGAUGUGGACAUUUAAGUUCCAUUGUUAUGGAUCUUUGUGUUCUUGAUAUUUUCUUUUUGGAUCUCUUUGUUAUGGACCAAUGUAAUAUAGUUGAUGAU